AUGGCCCGUUGCCCUGACGCUGGCUGCAACAACUGGCAGCCCGGCACUUCAGCCGUGUGGUUCAAGGUCAAGGAGGGCGGCCGCACCGGAACCUCCAACAACUGGGCUGCUACCCCUCUCAUGGUCGGCAACUCGGGUUACCAGUACACUAUUCCAUCAUGCCUGAAGCCCGGAUACUACCUCGUCCGCCACGAAAUCAUUGCUCUUCACGCUGCGUACGCCUACCCUGGUGCCCAGUUCUACCCCGGCUGCCACCAGCUUCAGGUCACCGGUUCCGGAACCAAGACUGCUACCUCGUUGGUUGCUAUCCCGGGUGCAUACAAGGCGACUGACCCCGGUGUCACGUACGAUGCCUACAAGGCCACGACGUACACCAUUCCCGGUCCUGCUGUGUUCACAUGCUAG